UUCUGUUUCCCUUCUCUUCUCUGCAUGUUUAAAUAAGUAACACACUCUCAAUUCUCUGGCGUGUCCGCGACUGAGUGCAUAUUUAUUCAUGCACGUGUGUGGAUUUAUUUGCGCUCGAUUCCAGAGGCAACACUGUUGUUAUGUACUGAAAUGAAGCUAGCUCGCAACUGGCUUACUUUAUUCAGAAAUUUAAAAAAGAAAAAGAAAAAAAAAGGCCUCUGCAUCUGAUGAUCUAUCAGAAGCCGAAUUUAUGGUUUCUUUUGUUUCAUCCUUUUAACCCACACAUUUUGCAUAUUGCAGUCAUUGUUAAUUGCUUUUUCUCUGUGUCUUUCUGAUAUUAUUCAAACCAAUAACUCCAGAGUUGAGGUCUUUUCUUCCCCCCUCAUAUUUGACUAAUUCUCAAUCCUACUGAUACUCUCUGAGUCUCUCUACUAUUCAAACCUAUAAACUUAUCCUGAAGCGAAAAUGGCUUCUGGUUCUGGUAAACCUCUGGGUUAUCAAAUGAUGGCGGCGAAUCAUCCACAGAGUCCCACACUGUUAAUGCUUAAGGAUUAUCUAAGGGACGACCUGAGUUCGUGUUCAUCAAGCGGUUUCAAAUCACUCCCACGCCGACAAUGCUGCCUGCAACCUCGCUCUUCUUCUUCUUCUUGUUCCACAAAAUGGACUCUGCAGAGAGCUACAGAAGCAUUGCUCAACGCCAUGAAAUCACUAACGUUUCUAGCCCCGUUGUCCAAAACCCAAAUGUGUAAAUCCAAGAAAGGUGGUGUUAUUUCUAGAAGCAUUUCAAGGAGGCUGCUGAACAGUAACAGAAGCUUCUGGAGAAGAGCACCCAAGUUCCCAACAACAACAGCCUCCUCCGCUAACAGUAACAGCUGUACAGAAUCCCAUUUCACGGAGAUGGAGGGAUCACUAACAACAACCAACACCUCCUCCAUAACAAGGGCUUGGCCAAAUGAGGAGAAGGAACAGUUUAGUCCUGUAUCGGUAUUAGAUUACCCAGUAUUUGAUGAUGAUGAAGACAUUACAUCUCCUAUCAAUUCUACAUCAAGUUCCCGCCAGCUGGGAGGAGCCAAACACAAGCAUAUGCUGAAGAGGCGACAUUUUAAUCGGGUGGCUUCACUAAAGCCGGUUGUCUUAGAGAGAAAAAUCACAUGGUCAGAAAUGCAGGAAAAUGAACCAAUAUAUAACCAUCCUGCGAAACCUUGUCCAGUAUUAGUAUCAGUUACGAGGACCCAAAACGGGAAUAGUAACCUGUUUGGGGACAACUUAGGAGAGAAAGCGCGCGACCUUCUCAACCAUGUUAAGAAGUCAAUUCCAACUGCCUGUUUGAGAAUUGAGGAAGAGAACUUGUUGUUCGAUUUCUUCAGGCGGAGUAUUGGGGACAAUAAUGAUAUUGAAAAUUCAAUGAAGAGCCACCUUUGCAAGGUAGCAGAGGAUUGGGUACUCGGGCAACCCCAGGAACAGUAUUCGAGUUUGAAAGUAUACAUUAAGGAGAUAGACAAGUGUGGGAGUUGGAGAAAUUUUCAUGAAGAAAUACAACGCCUUGCCAUGGAGCUCGAAGUUGACUUCUCCACUAGUUUGGUCAACGAGCUCGUGCUUGACCUCACCACUGGCUAGGACACCGAGAAGCUGCAACUGCAAGUUUCUUCUUCCUUAUUUUCUUAUCUGUUUUUAUGGUCUCUUCUCUGCAUACAUCUAGGGGAUUCUGGGGCAGCAAAAUUUUGGAAUUCUUGGAAGGAAAAUUUGAUUUUACUGAUAUCAUGGUUAUCAAGGUUUUCAUCCUUGCAUCUGCAUGUAUGGAGUUACUCGGGACUUGCGAGAAACCAAUUGAAGUUUGUCCAAUAGGUCGAUGUUGUGUACAUCUUGUUGAAUAAUAUGACUCAAUUGGAAUUAAUGGUUAUUUGGCGAUUAAUCCUUAGGAGAUGUUUAGCCAAAUUUCUAGAAUCGUCUACUCUAGACUAUUCCACGAGAGUUCUAGAGAUUUGUUGUAACUACCAUAAUCAAUAUCUAGGUUAGGAGACGGUAGAUAAUUCUAGAAAAUAAUUUAUAGCCCUUAGAUGAAAUCAUGUUAGCACAAUCCAAACCAUUGGUUAAGGAGAUGCCACUAAUAUAAAUAGAAAAGUUCUCCACCAUUUUGUAUCAAGUCAGAAAGACAAUGAAUAUUGAGCAUAAAUAAAGUGUUCUCUUCUUCAAAAUCAUUUUAAAAUUUUCUUUUUCUCAAAUAUCGAUCUCCCAACACUAUCUAUGGUGCUAAUGGUGUGGACAAGUGGAGGGUGAAGCAACCCUUCUUAACUAUCUAUAGGGAUAUAUAUCUUUUUCACCUUAUCUCGUAUUCUAUUUAUUUGAAAUUUUGUGAAGUGAGAAGUUGGGCAAGGUUAAAAGAAAACUAGGAAUGACUAAAUGUACAAAGUUAA